CGGCACUUCCGGUGCCCACGCGCCGCCGCCGCGCAGCUCUGGGGCCGUCACUUUGUGUAGCGCGGGGCGCGCAGGCCCCGGCCCGGCCCCGGUGUCCGGCGGCGGCUCGGCGGCCGGCGCGCGCGGCCGAGCUGAGGCUCCCUUCCAGAGACGAUGGCAGCCCUUCACACGACUCCAGACUCCCCAGCCGCCCAGCGGGAGAGGGCGGAGGACAGGUCGGAAUGUGAUCCUAAUCGGGAGGAAGAAGAGGAGGAAGAAAAGGGGGAAGAGGUGGAGGAGCUGGCGGACGAGGAGGUGAUGGUGGUGGAGGCCGAGGAGGACGAGGCCGUGGCGGAGGUGGCAGAGGAGCUGGAGGUGGAGGGGGUGCAGGCAGGGCCGGUGCAGCAGGUGGAGGUGGAGGCGGAGGACGACGACGUGGAGGACGUGGUGGCAGAAGAGCGGAGUCCGGCGUCUGGGACCCAGGAGCGCCUUAGCUGUGGUGGGGAUGCCCAGUCCCCAGGUCUUCAGGAAAAGGCCCUGCAGGCCUCCCGGGCUCCAGCCAUGUUGAGGGAUGAGGACCUGGAGCAGGACGAGGACGAGGACGAAGAAGAGGAGGAGGAGGAUGAGGACGAUUCCCUGACAUCUGGGUCUCAGGGGCUGGUGACCUUUGAAGACGUGGCUGUGUACUUCUCCCUGGAGGAGUGGGAAAGGCUGGAUGCGGACCAGCGGGAGCUCUACAAGGAAGUCAUGCAGGAAAACUACGGGAUCCUGGUGUCCUUGGGAUACCCAAUCCCCAAGCCGGAUCUGAUCUUCCGGCUGGAGCAAGGAGAGGAGCCUUGGGUCCCGGAUAGCCCCCGUCCCGAGGAGGGAGACAUCGUCACCGGUGUCUACACAGGGGCCUGGUUCUGGACCGACGACAUAGAGGACCACGAGGAGGAGGACGACGAGGACUUCCUGGCAGAGGUGGCUGAGGAGGAGAACGAGCCCCCAGGGCUGUGGUCCGCGGCCUACGGCGUGGGGGACGUGCCUGGGACCUGGGGCCCCGACGACUCGGAUUCGGCGCAGACUCCAGAGGGGUGGGGUCUUGACCCCGGCGGCCUCGGGGUCCUGGCCGAGGGGUCCGAGGCGAAGCCCUUUCUGCAGGGCCGGGAGCCGGGGGCGAGCCUGCUGGCGCCCUGGGCGUUCCCAGCCGCGGUGGCCGCUCCAGCCGGGCGGCCGGAGACGACGUGUGACGUGUGCGGUAAAGUGUUCCCGCACCGGUCCCGGCUGGCCAAGCACCAGCGCUACCACGCGGCCGUCAAGCCCUUCGGCUGCGAUGAGUGCGGCAAGGGCUUCGUGUACCGCUCGCACCUGGCCAUCCAUCAGCGCACCCACACCGGCGAGAAGCCCUUCCCGUGUCCGGACUGCGGCAAGCGCUUCGUGUACAAGUCGCACCUGGUCACGCACCGGCGCAUCCACACGGGCGAGCGGCCCUACCGCUGCGCCUUCUGCGGCGCGGGCUUCGGGCGCCGCUCCUACCUGGUCACGCACCAGCGCACGCACACCGGCGAGCGGCCCUACCCCUGCCCGCACUGCGGCCGCAGCUUCAGCCAGAGCUCGGCGCUGGCGCGGCACCAGGCCGUGCACACGGCCGACCGGCCUCACUGCUGCUCGGACUGUGGCCAGGCCUUCCGCCUCCGCGCCGACUUCCAGCGCCAUCGACGGGGCGGCGGCUGUGCGGAGCCUGGCGGCGACGGCCCUCAGCGCGAGCCCUGUGAGACGGUGCCCUCGGCGGGGCCCGAGGAGGCCGAAGCUGGGCCCGAGGGGCCUGAGGUCGACGAAGCAGACGGAGAGGCCGAGGGAGAGGCGGAGGCGAGAGAGGCGGCGAUGGAGGCGCCCACCCCCGGGAGAAAGGACGACCCCGAGCCGGACAGGCGGUUUCUGGGGCUGGGCAACGGCCUGGGGGAGGGCGAAGGCCCUUCCUCGCACCCGCUCGGCUUCCACUUUCCCAUGCACCCCAAGUCUUGGCUCCACCCGGAUGGCUUUCCGAUCCUGGGCCUCCCGGACUUCGCGGAGCGGCUGUCGACCGACGGGCGCCCCCUGCCCGGGCCCCUGGGGGGCCGGCUCUCCCUGGUCGAGGGCACGGGGCUGGCCUGCGACCCUUUCGGCGGCGGUGCUGGGCCCGGGGGCGGCGGCCUGCGUGCGUUCGGGCCUGCAGUCGGAGGGCUGCUGCCGGAGCCUGCGCCUGCCGCGCUGGCCGAGGAGGAGAGCCCGUGGAUAUGUUCCGACUGCGGCAAGACGUUCGGGCGCCGCGCGGCGCUGGCCAAGCACCAGCGCUACCACGCGGGCGAGCGGCCGCACCGCUGCGCCGACUGCGGCAAGAGCUUCGUGUACGGCUCGCACCUGGCGCGCCACCGCCGCACGCACACGGGCGAGCGGCCCUUCCCGUGCCCCGAGUGCGGUGCGCGCUUCGCCCGUGGCUCGCACCUGGCGGCACACGUGCGUGGCCACACGGGCGAGAAGCCCUUUGUGUGCGGUGUGUGCGGCGCGGGCUUCAGCCGGCGCGCGCACCUAACGGCGCACGGGCGCGCGCACACGGGCGAGCGGCCCUACGCGUGCGGCGAGUGUGGCCGCCGCUUCGGGCAGAGCGCGGCGCUGACGCGACACCAGUGGGCACACGCUGAGGAGAAGCCGCACCGUUGCCCCGACUGCGGCAAGGGCUUCGGCCACAGCUCGGACUUCAAGCGGCACCGGCGCACGCACACGGGCGAGAAGCCCUUUCGCUGCACCGACUGCGGCCGCGGCUUCGCGCAGCGCUCCAACCUGGCCAAGCACCGGCGCGGCCACACGGGUGAACGGCCCUUCCCGUGCCCCGAGUGCGGCAAGCGCUUUUCGCAGCGCUCGGUGCUCGUGACGCACCAGCGCACGCACACGGGCGAGCGGCCCUACGCCUGCGCCAACUGCGGCCGCCGCUUCUCGCAGAGCUCGCACCUGCUCACCCACAUGAAGACGCACCGCGGCGCGGCGGGCUCGCCCGGCCAGACGCCGGCCGCCCCCGCGCCCAAGGCCGAGGCACCCGCUAAGGGGCCGCCGAGUGCGGGCGCGGGGACCGGGCCCGGGGAGCGCGGCAGCACCCUCCUGGAGUUCGCAGGCGGAACGAGCUUCGGCUCCGAGCCGACGGCCGCGUUCGCGGGGCCCUCGGGCGCCUACGAGGAGAGCAUCAUGUGAGGGCCCCAGGCCGACGGAGGCGCAGCCCGCUAGGCCACCGGCCCCUUGCGGCUCGAGCGCCGGCCGCUGCGCGCCGGCCUCUUGCUCUUCUGGCCUCAGGGGGCUGAGGGUCCCAGUCCUGGUGCGGUGCCUUCCCCUCAGCCCCGGUGCACCGCUCCCCGGCCUCGGGCUUCCCUCCUGCCCGGCCCUAGAGAACCGGUCGCCGAGCUCGGAUGGCCGUACGGGGUGCGCAGGGGGAGAGGAGAGCUGCACGCGGAGCAGAUGGGGACAGGGGGCGGCAACCCCGACAAGAGACUGCGACAUCACUGGAUCGAUGCGGUGAGGCCAAGCGGUAGGGAUGGCAGGCGAAGUGUUAUUUAUUUUACUCGGAUUCCGAUAUGGGUGGCCCGGGGGACAGGUGGCUUGUGAGUUAGUAACUGGGUUUUACAGCGAGGGAGGGAAGCCCUUGCAUCAAGGGAGGGUGGGGUGGUCGAGGGCAGAGCAUAUGGCUACUCCAGUGGGUUUGGCUGAUGACUUCUUCCAGUUCCUCAGCGGGAGACUUCAGGGUCCUUCUGGUCAUUCGAGUAUGUCCAGAAAGUUUUGAGGACUGUGCGCGUGGCGAGGGGAAGCCUCGUGGGUUUUCAAAGGACGGUGUUCCUCCCUAAUCCGGGGUGGGGGGUGAAGUGGAGAUGCACCUGGGAAAGCUUUUGUUCUGUCGACUGGAUAUUUACUUACAUGGCUUGUAUGGCCCGAAGAAUCUGGGAGGAAGAGAAAAAGCUGGAAACCACAUUGUGGCCCCAGGCAGAUGGGUUGCAGGUGUUCGCAGGGUCCCCAGGGAGUUUGAAGCCUUAUUCCCCGGAGUCGCUCGCUGUCUUCACCCCGCUUGAGCACCGAGAGCAGCCCGGCCGUGUGGGUUUUAGUUUCAGCCUCCCCUCUGAGUCCUUGGGUACUCUCGCCUGGGACCACUGGAGGCGGCAUACUCGGAGAUCCUCGGGGAGCCCAGCAGCCAGGGGCCCCAGCCUUUGGCUCCCUGGCUGCCACCUCCUUGAGUGGGUGGACACAUGGGGCCCUGCUCUUGUGAGCCCGCCGCUCAUUUAGAUUUAAUAGACAAGUGUAAAGUGACAGAGGUUGGUAGUAGGAUUGUUUCUUACCUCCCAGGAUUAGGGCCUUAUGACCUACUCGGGUCCGUUUAACUCUGCUUCUGUCAUUACUCUACACUAGAAGCGAGUGGUGUUUCUGGUUAGGUUCCCAUCUCACAGAGUGGGCAGUGAGUGGAGGCAGCGUGGGCCGGGCUGUCUGCCCGGCGGUGGUACACCUCUGGGGGUUCGGACCUGAGUCCGGGGCUCAGUGACUGACCAAGUGUCCAGCUAUGCAAGGCCCGCAACCGGCCAGCACCGCUCCUUCCAGGCUGGGCUCUUUCGAGCCAUCGGGUCACCUGCAAGGCAUCCGCCCCCUUUAAUGCUUUCUGGGCCAGUGUGAAUGGGGCCAGAAAACUGAAAUUUUGAAGCAGCCGCAUUCCCUUUUAGACCUAGUUCCUUCUGUUUUAGCGUAGACAUGGCCCUGGGGCCUGAGAGCCAGCAGCGGGCGGGAAGGGGGCCUGGACGGUGGUGGUAAGAAUGGGCCUGGCUGGGUGAGGGCGGGGGUGGGCGGGGUGCUGAGGAGGACAGGGGUUCCCGCAGAGGCGCCGGCGGUGCUGGGCAGUGCCGCCUGUCCCUGUGCUCUCUCUCCCUGCUGCGAGAAGGAGCCUCAGGAAGGGCCCAGGGCAAGGUGCACCAGCCCCGUGGGACCGAGGGCCGGUCCGCGCCCAUCCCGCCUGGCACAGCCCUGAGUACCCACCUUUGGUGCCCCUCCUGGGCCCAAGUCGCCCCGCAGCUGUCAGCAGGAGGACCUAGCUUUAAUAAAGAGUGGACAAAUGAGCUUUGUGACUGGAUUCCGUGUUGUUGCCACUCCUCAGGGCCCUCAGGGGGGCCCUGCAAGGCGUCAGGCCCACCUUGUUCCUGCAAACGCUCUUUAGAAGUUUUUCUUCUUAGAAACUAGAAUUGGCCUGUGAGGAGUCAGCCCAAGAGAGCUUUGGCCCCUGCCACCUGUGUCCACUGUGUCUUCCCGGGAGUCCCCAGUGGGCCUGCACACUGCCACCUGCUUCUUGUAAUAUGCACACCUAUAUCGGGACAUUGACAUGUGGAGGGUUGUUGUAGCCAGGUCCCCUUCCUGGUGGUCCAGACCCCUGUUCUGAGGCCCCAAAGUCACAUGGGUUUAUCCAGGCUCACCUGCUCUGUGCCAGGGCAGAGCACACACCGCCGCCCCCCCCACCCCCCGGGGCCCCAGACACCUUCCUUUGAACUGAUUUAUUGACUUCUCACCACAUGGUGUCCCCUCGACCAGACCUGACCCUCCCAUCCUUUCCCCACAGAUUUGAAAAAUACGAAGUAUGAAGUAAAUUCUCUUUUCAAGUGUGAUUUGGAGGCAUCAGAACAGAAGCCGGUAUUUCAGUGGCAGAUGGACAUUAAGACCUAGUUUAAAAUGGAUGGCCUUGAGAAUCUUAAAGUCUAUUCAGAAAACUUAAGUUAUUCCCUGAGGGGAAAUAAGGCAAUUCUGAUGGUCAUAGAAAAAAAGUAGACAGCCUCCCUGGUUUUGAGAGGAUUUCCAAGUUUCUGGAGUCCUGAUUCAUUCCACAGAUGUCAAUCUAGCAUCUCCCAUCAUUGCCAAGGAGGAAAGGAAGCCCCCAGUGCCCCGUGAGAUGUGACCCAUGAAAGCUGGUGCUUUGAGAGUCACAAGGUCCUGAACACCCUCUGGUCUCCACUUAACCUUUAUUGCUUGAAUUUCCCCAUCCUCCUCCCUUUCUCCUGACCCUUUCACGUAAUCUCUUCGAACACUUCCUUCUAACUUUUUUUCUUUUCCUAAUUGGCUACACAUGGAAUAAAAUAUUUUGAAAUUUU